AUGCUCGUGUCAAAAGUCGAUCGUUUGCUGCACCUUGUGGCAUCCCGAGGGGCUCCAGCCCCCGUCAAAUGUCAUGCGAUACAGUCCAUCAACAACAUCGUAGCGUUCUCAGGCGGCGUAGACUCUGCUCUGGUCGCUGCACUGGUCUACCGCGUGUUUCCAGCUUCAAGCGCCGCGUGUAUCGGAAUAUCUGCAGCGCUCUCUUCUGUGCAAUUGCAACAGGCGCGGGAGGUUGCAGCUUCAAUUGGUGUUCCACUAUGGGAAUGUCCUACUGAUGAAGCUCAAGUGGAGAGUUACGUGGCCAACCAAGGCAAGAGCUGCUAUUAUUGCAAGUCCACACUGUACGCCAAGCUGGAGCAGGUGGCAGCGUUUGUGGGUGAGGAAAGGCAGCAUCGUAUCGUGGAGGAGAGAGAUGAAGUUUUUUGUGACGGAUUGAAGCCCGUGCUGUAUAAUGGGACGAAUGCUGAUGACCAACUGGACCCCACUAGAGUGGGGCUAGUUGCAGCUUCCGAGUUCAAUGUUGUGAGUCCUCUGGCCGAGCUGACGAAACAGGAGGUGAGGGAGGUUGCCAAGUAUCUGGGAUUGCCAAAUUGGAACGCUGCGGCGUCGCCGUGUCUGAGAUCGAGACUGCAAUUCGGAGUCCAAGCCACCCAGCAACAUCUGCAUCGGGUGGAAAAAGCAGAAGAGUUUGUGCGAAAGUUGAUUCAUCUUGAGCCGCACUUAAGCAUGCGAGUGCGCUUUCUUGCGGAUAACAAGGCUGCCGUUGAGCUGGACACCGAAGCGUUGACAAAAGCGAUUUCCAAGUUUGACGCCAUUGACGCUGAGUUGCGGCGACUCGGCUUCAGUGCCGUCGACGUGCGUGCCUUCCUCUCAGGCAGCUUGAGCGGUUACAAUGCAGAAGCAAACCACACGUCAGCAGCAUCUAGCCACGCGCAUCAUGGUCAUGCAGAAUGA